AUUAUUUAGAAAAACAAACUAAUAGGAAUUUGUUUUUGUUAAAAAUUAUAGUUUAUUUUUAUUAAUGUGUUGUUUAUAUUUUACUACUUUUUUGAAAAAAUUAAUUCCAAAUCAAAAUAUUCAUGUAAACAGUUGUUUAGAUUAGGUUUAAAAAUGUGUGCUUUUUUUUGUUAAUAUUUUUACUUGAAGUUUACCUCUCUUACAAAAAUAUUACAAUAUUAUAAAAUGGUUUAUUUAACAAGAGACACUUAAAUAAGCAUAAAGAAUAAAUAGUUUUACAACUGAAAUAUUAAUUUCUAUGUGAUAAACAAUGUAAUUAAAAUUGCACAAUGAAUGUCAGAAAUUAUCACUCGUAAUUUUUUUUUGCAUAUCAACCUUUUUUAGAUUCUUGUAAUGAGUAGGGAAUGAGGUGUGUCCAAUCCAUACCCUUUAUCGGUCCAUUACCAGGCUCCCUUCAAAGUGGAAACUUAAUCAAAAUUUCUGGAACAGUUCCAAGUGGUGCAUCAUGUUUUUCUAUUAAUCUUCAAAAUGGUUCCAAUGGGAUUCAAAGGAAUGAUAUUGCUCUACAUUUAAGCCCAGUUUUCUCUUCCCCUCCAAGAGUUGUUCGGAACAGUUUAGAAAAUCAAAAUUGGGGUCCUGAAGAAAGUCACGGACCUCCUUUUCCUUUUAGUAGUUGUCAAAGUUUUGAAAUUUUUAUAUUAGUUGAGCCUGAUCAUUUUAAAAUUGCAGUAAAUGGGCAACAUUUUACUGAAUUUAACUAUCGACUUCCUUUAGAGAAAAUUUCCCAUAUUGGGAUAGAUGGAGAUGUAACAAUUAGUUCUAUAAUCUUUGAAGGUUUAGCAAGACAAACUAUGGCAUCAAGACCUGUAGAAAGUGUUGGUAAGCCUUUAGGUUUUGUUAUUGACCCUAGUGGACCACCAAAUUAUGGACCGCCAACAGUUGGUAGGCCAUCUUCACCUUACGCUUCACCAUCAUUACCAUAUCCACCUAAUCCUUCCUUUGGACCUUCACCAACUAGUCCUUAUGCUCCUCCAAACUCUGGUGGUUUGUAUCCAAGUGCAUAUGAUUCUCAAGGUGGAUAUAAUCCUUAUGCUCCAGCAUCUGGCAGAGUUUCGCCAUCUCCUUACGGUCCACCACCUGGUAGUAAUCCAUAUCCUAGUUCAGGAUAUCCUUCAUCUCCAGGGGGAUACCCAUCAAGUCCUUCUCAUGGUUAUCCAUCAAAUCCUCAGGGAUAUCCAUCAAAUCCUCAGGGAUAUCCAUCAAACCCCUCUCAUGGUUAUCCGUCAAAUCCUCAGGGAUAUCCAUCUAACCCAUAUCCGUCACAACCAGGUCCAUAUCCAGGAACUUCUGUUGUUUAUCCAGGUCAAGAAAAAAAGAGUGAUGGUGGCGGCUUACUUGGUCCUUUAACUGCUGCUGGAGCAGCUGCCUUAGCUGGAGCUGCUGGUUCUGCCUUAUUGGGUGGAAAGCAUAAAAAGAAGAAGAAUAAACAUGGGUUCGGUGGACAUGGUAUGGGACCAGCAGGAUUGCUAAGUGGUGUUGGAUCCUUAGUUAGUGGAAAUAAGCAUGGCCAUUCAAGUAGUAGUCCAAUUCCUAUGGGUGGUGCUUUAGCUGGAGGAGCUGCUGGUUUAGCUGGAGCUUAUAUGGUGGGAAAAGUAUUGAAGCCAAAAAAGAUUUUCAAGCAUAAGCACAAGAAAGGUUGGGGCGGAUGGAGUAGUAGUAGUAGCAGUUCUGAUGAAGAAUAACUAAUUUCUCUAUAGUGUUUGCUUUUCGAACAUUUGAAAUAUAAAAUCUGUAUUCUUUCUGAUAGAAUAAUAUAUUGCAAAAAAACAAGAUAAAUGAACUACUUCUAAAAUCUACUUCAGAGCUUCAUGUAGAAAUAUACUUUCCUUUAAUUGUGUGUUUUAUAUUUGUUCUUGUAAGCAGGGUGCAAAAUUUCGAUUCGCCAGCACUAAUUUUUAACGCUAGCGACUAAGUAUAAUCUUUUAAAAUGUUAGUUUUAAUGCUUAUAUUAUUUUGACUAAGUAAAGCAGCAAAUGGAAGUGUUGGCAUUUUUCAUCUACUUAGAACAAAAAAAUAUUGUGUCACUCACUUUUCACGUCAAAAAUAAUUGCUCCUGGAAAUAUUUUAACAAUAAGACAACCUUAUUUUGAUUUUUAAGUUUUGGUUACCAAAAAGUUCUUCAUAAUGUUCCCCCGAAAAUAUUUAAAUAAUAUCAAUUUGAAUUAUUUUGAAAGAAUGUGUCUAUGAAUGCUGAAACUUACUUUUUGUGUCAAGAAAUAUGGCUGAAAAGUUUUUUUUUUUGCAAUUUUUUGUUAUGAAAACUAGGGAAUGUGAAUAAAACACUAAAAUCCUUUGUUUUUGAGAAAUCAUUAUAUUUAUUAAAUCAGAAGAAUACAGAAAAUAAAGGACUUAAGUACUUUAUUUAGAAUUUUAGUAUGCAGUUAUGUUAUGUGAUGAGAAUUAUUAUAUUUUAACCAGAUUUCUUUCUGUUGAUUUUAUAAACAAUAUAUUUUUAGGAUAUUUUUCUGCAUGUGUUUUUACAUUGUUGAUAAAUUUGCUACAUAUCUAUCAGUGUUAUAUUUCAAAGUUUUAUAUAAAUGCAAUGUAUGCUGUUAAUGAAUUAAAAAUGCUUAACAAUUUUGUAA